UUCCAUGAGCGAGCUUCCCGCAGGGAGCAAAGGGCAGCAGGAGCGUGUCCUGCCUGGCUGGCACCUCCCGGGGAUUUCGGACAGCAAAGGGACUGCGGCGAGGAGGAAGAGGAGGAGGAAGGCACCUGGGAAUUCCUUCGGCUUCCUGGGCUCGUUCCCAGGCCAUGGCGACCACCACGGUCACCGAUGCUGGCAGUGUGAGGAUCAUCACGGAGGUGAUCCCGGCCACGGAUCCCCGGGCGGCCCAGCUGGCCUCAGGCUCCCAGGCACCUGCCAGGACGUCAUUCCAAACUCAAGUCUUCCGGAGGGCUCAUCCCAAGGUGUUGGGGACCAUUCACAUCUUCAGCGGAAUUGUCCACAUCUGCUUCGGGAUCAUCCUGACAGCGUCAGAGCACAGGAACCCUUCCCUCCCUGUGGCCAGCGGGAUCCUCUUCUGGCUGGGGAUCCUACUCCUGGUCUCGGGCUCAUUGCUGGUGGAAAGUGAAAGGAGAGACAGCCCUGUGCUGGUCAAGACCUGCUGUGUGGUCAAUGUGGGAGUUGUCCUGGGCACGCUGGUGGCCACCGGGAUCCACGGCACGGCCAUCACCCGGAACAUUCCUGGCUGUGAGAACUCCCGGCCCCUCCAGAUCCGCCCGGAAUGGUGCCUCAACAUGGCGAGCAAGAUGCUGAGCAACAUGCUGGAUUCCACCUCGGUGAUCCUCAGCCUCCUGGAAUUCUGCGCGGCCGUGGCGGUUCUGGCGUUUGGAUACGACACAGUCCGGCAGCACACAUACACCCAGCUGGUGAGGGAGGCGGGGAUCCACGGGAAUUCCUGGAAAUCCCUGGAAUGCCGAUCCACCCCUUCCUUCCUCCGAAGGGCCGCCCCAAUGAGGGCGUUCCUGGGUGCCUCCCAGAGAUUUCCCCGAAUUUCCCUGGUUUUGCUUUCCCAGGCGCUGUAGCUGCAGCCAAGCCCUGCACGUGGCGCCGCAUCCCGGAUAAUCCGCGGUACCGGAGAGCCCUGGGAUGCCCUCAGCGUGUUCGGCCCCCAAUAAAAGCCUCUCCCCCAGCCAAGCCCGCGCAUGUCUCC